UCCUGUCUUGCUGACACUGCACCAUCCCUGGCUGUGGGUCUCUCGAGAAGCACCAUGUCACUCUCCGCGCACACCUCUGGGAUGCCCCAGUGGCUGUCCUCCCAAAGUGUGACACUGGGCAGAGCCAGGGGUAUUUCUGCCUCAAGCAUUGGAAGCAGCUACGGGGGAAGUGCCUUUGGCUUUGGAGGCAGCUAUGGGGGAGGCUUUACAGCUGCUUCCAUGUUUGCUUCUAGUUCCGGCUUUGGUGGUGGCUCUGGAAGUUCCUUUGCAGGAGGACUGGGCGCUGGUUAUGGAGGAGGCAGGGGAGGUGGCUUUGGGAGCCUGGGGAUUGGAUUUGGGGGAAGCCCAGGAGGGGGCUCUCUAGGGAUUCUCUCUGGCAACGAUGGAGGCCUUCUUUCUGGAUCAGAAAAGGAAACUAUGCAAAAUCUUAAUGACAGAUUGGCUUCCUACCUGGAUAAGGUUCGAGCUCUAGAAGAGGCUAACGCUGACCUUGAAAACAAAAUUCGAGAAUGGUACGAAAUACGAGGAUCUGGAGACCCACCGAAUGAUUAUAGUAAAUAUCAACUGUUGAUUGAAGACCUCAGGAAUAAGAUCAUUUCUGAGAGCACUGCAAACGCCCAGCUGCUCUUGCAGAUCGACAAUGCGAGACUGGCUGCCGAAGACUUCAGAAUGAAAUACGAAAAUGAGCUGGCCCUGUGCCAGAACGUGGAGGCUGACAUCAACGGUCUGCGCAAGGUGCUGGACGAGAUGACCCUGGCCAGAGCCGACCUGGAGAUGCAGAUCGAGACCCUGAAUGAGGAGCUGGCCUACCGGAAGAAGAAUCACGAAGAGGAGCUCCAAAGCUUCCGGGCCGGCGGCCCAGGCGAGGUCAGCGUAGAAAUGGACGCUGCCCCCGGAGUGGACCUCACGAGCCUCCUUAACGACAUGCGGGGGCAGUAUGAAGCCGUAGCCCAGCAGAAUCGGGAGGAUGCGGAAGCCUGGUUCAUUGAAAAGAGCGCCGAGCUCAGGAAGGAGAUCAGCAGCAACACCGAGGAGCUUCAGUCCAGCAAGAGCGUGGUCACCGACCUGCGGCGCGUGCUUCAAACCCUGGAGAUCGAGCUCCAGUCCCAGCUCGCCACGAAGAAAUCCCUGGACGACUCGCUGGCCGAAACCGAGGGCGACUACUACAGCCAGCUGUCCCAGGUGCGGCAGCUCAUCGGCAACGUGGAGGAGCAGCUGCUGCAAGUGCGCGGUGACGCCGAGCGCCAGAGCGCCGACUACCAGCUGUUGCUGAACAUCAAGGCCCAUCUGGAGCUGGAGAUCGAGACCUACCGCCGCCUGCUGGACGGAGAAGCCCAAAGUGACUGUUUGGAUGAAAGUUCCUCUGUGACAGCCUCCAACUCUCAAGCACCGUCAACUGAUUCCUCCAAAGAUCCUACCAGAGCCCGAAAAAUCAAGACAAUUGUGCAGGAAGUGGUGAAUGGUGAGGUGGUCUCCUCCCAAGUUCAGGAAAUUGAAGAAAUAAUAUAAAAUUUCACAAGAUCUGCCCCAUGAUUGUUUCCUUAGGAACAAGAAAUUUACAAGUAGAAAUUAUUCCUUUUAGAGCAAGAUGAU